GUUGAGAGUGGCCUUUGACUGCAGGAACUACUUUCACCUUUACUGUUGCAUAAUGCCAGACUAAUUAAUAGUAACAUUAGCUUUGAUGUAGCUGACUGCUUAUAUUCUGUCUGUUGUCGUACCGUAUAUUAGACUAUAAAAUAUAAAACGUAUGGCCCCAUUUUAGGCAAGAUAGCAUUGAACAAGAAUUUGGGGCUGAUAACAUACAAGACAUGACCCAUUUGAAGCAACACAAAUGGGCAAAAAUAUGAAUAGAUUUAGUGUUACCUAAUGAUAUUAGCCACUUAGACUUAGCAAUGGUGGGUCUUGCUUUGAAGGUUGGAUAGGCAGGAUCUGAGGAAGUACCAGUUUUUGGGAGAAGUCUUGAAUGUAAACACUACCCCUCCCAACCAGUUUUCCCCUCAGCUCCUCCUUUCUCCUCCUUCUCUGCUCCAGCAAGCCCCGCCCACAAACAGACGCUCCUGCUCACUCGUAUCAUUUCAAUUAAAUACAGAUAUAAAGCAGAUAAAUACUUCAGAUAAUUACAAAUGGGGCCCAGUCAACGUGAAAGCAAAAAGCAUUGAUGCUACUGUAAAUGCCAACAGACUACCAGCAAACACGUUUGCAGGACUUCUACAACUAGGAUAAAGUGACAUACUCCAGGACCCGAGAUAAACAGUUUAGCAGCGCUACAACACGCAGCAGGUCCCGUUUGACAACAAACACGUCUGUUACAGACACUUGGCUUACUUUGUUAAUGCGGUUUACCUGUCCAGCAGAAAGGUUACAGGGUCUGUGAGAUCCCAAAGUGUCCCCCAUCGUUUAUGCUUCAUUGAUAUUGACCCGGCUUUUCAGCUCUUUUCCGGUCUACCUCUGUUUUAAGCGCCUGUUAUUCUGCCAGUCUCUUGUAUUUACUUUGUUUUAUUGCUUGUGUUUUCCGACUUUCUGGUUAGUUUCUACUGUCUAAUGUUGUAGCACACUAACUUUGUUUGGGCUCCUGCAUGUUGUUGGAGGACGUGGAGUGUGCCUCACAACACAAGGGAGCUGCAACUGCCUCACAACCAGUUAAGUUAGGGGAAGCAGAGGACAGCUUUGUUUAUGGUCAGACAGAGCGGGCCCUCAAAAAAUUUUGAAUGUUGCCUACUCAGACAUAACAAAACACAGUGAUAUCGUUAUAUUCCCCAAUGUCAUCAAUAACUAAUAGCUAUUGACUGAUAUUAAAAGCUUUUUUAUAUAUACACCACAAAAAAGGUGCUUCUUAAACGUAAUCCUGCCUACCCCACCUUUAACUCACCUGCAGAAUAUGAAGCUCUCAGUGAGUGCUUGCCCCUCAAGAAGAUGAAGCCAAUGGUGAGUUUACGAAUGCUUGUUGAACUGUAAUUAUCAUAUACAUAUUGAGUGGUUUCUGAACUUACUGAGUGUAAAAUGUUUCAACAAUGAGAGCCCAUCAAUGUGUGUGUGUGUGUGUGUGUGUGUGUGUGUGUGUGUGUGUGUGUGUGUGUGUGUGUGUGUGUGUGUGUGGGGGGGGGGGGGGGGGGGGGGGGUCUCGCGUGUGUGUGAGAGGGAGACAGCCUUGCUCCGCCCAGGCCAGCGGCGCAGCGUCAUUACCGUUGGAACCGCUGAAAGGAGCAGUCGGUCCUUUUAAACAAGCAGUGUUCACUCAUCGGCGGAGCCAGAAAAAGGAUCGACUCACGGUGAAAAGACGACGUUUCAGCGCCAAAAAGGCACAUGGAGUUAUUACGUUUUCCGCGGUUCACGAGGUGACUUUGUGGCUGACGAGGACGCCUCCAAAACAAGUGAGUACACCGAGCACCGGAGGAGUUUUUCCAGGCUGGAUUUCAGAGGUGACGAGCUAACUUUAACGUUACAUAUAUCUAACCGCCCACUGGGGCUAACGCACUCCGUGGGUUAGCGGUCCGGUUAGACUACUUGAAAGUGUAUAAUUCAACAAAGAAUGCCAUAUUGUAUUAAGCAAUAUCAAUGUAUAAAGUGUUUGGUUGUAGCAUAUUGAUAAAACUCAGUAUGGAAAGAAGAAAACUCGAGAAACAGUACAAAGUUGACACCUAUAGAGAUCACACGACAGCAGUAAAGAAGCAGCUCCGUCCUUAAAAUAGCGAGGGGCACAGUUGUAUCCAGCUGUUCAAAUUGAUUUAUGGUUUGCCAGGUCGUUUACAGACAUUUAGAAACUAGAGUACCCCAAAUGUGAACAAUCAGGCGCGUCUCUUCUUUAUCAUCCUUUUCAAUUAACUCUACAUAAAUAAAACAGGAAGUUUGAAGUUUUAUCGAAUUGUACUUUGUAGUCAUCAGCCUUGUUAAUAUCUAUUCAAACGUAUCGGGUAAUUUAAUAAGUAAUGGAGCAUAUUCAACAGUUGAUCCCUGUCAGUGCUAACAGACAAAAACUUCACGAAUUUACCAAGAUACGUAAAACCCCUGAAACCUCAGACACUAUCGAGAGGACAGUUUCUAGCAAAAUGUAGCAGAAAACGAACCAACAAAAUUGGAAAUUGGAAAGAGCUAACACUAAAAGUAAUGUAAGACAGUGUUCAUCCCUUUUCCAUUGACUUGCAGGUCUGGAAUUAAAUAGCUACUGAGCAGUAACCCCUUUUUCCCUCCUCUUUCAUCCCUCCUUUUCUCUGAAGCCCUAUGUGCUUUCCAAGAUAAAAGUCUCUAAUCACAUGAGCAACAUUUUCCAGAAUUUCUUUGCACAGAUGUGAUUCUCAGCUCUGCAGCCCAGCUAUGUUUAUACUGAAAAGUCCAAACCACUCUUAAAACGAGAAGCCUCAGACUCAGGCUGGAGGAGUUUCUGUCUUGAUGGUGAUCAAAAAGUAGAGCUAUACAACUAGCAAGCAGUGUACACAAUUAUGAAAUGAAUACCCCUGCCUUUCUCAAAGCAGUCACAUUAGCUGCUCUUCAUUACAUAACAGUGAUGAACUCUUGUGUUUUUCCAUAACAAAUAAUCUAAGCCAUAAAAGUUGUUUAUAGCUUUCAUUAUAUACCAUGUUGUGGACAUUAUAAUACCUCCAUGAUUUUCUUGUGAAUCUGAGAUGCCACUUAUUUACUGACUCUGCCCUUUCUCUGCCUUGCAUGGUUGCACUACAAGUGAACCACUACAGGGCUGUAUGUUUAUGUAGUAUGUGUUUUGACCAGUCAUGUAAGUUAACAGAAGUUUUAGACACAUUUGUGAGAGGCUGUAGGAUAUCACUUUUUAGAGGUCAGCCUGUGUGCAAAUCUGCUGUAUCAAGUUGGUGUUUGGGAUUGAGAUGUUGCACAUGUUUUUUGUUUGUCAUGUCAGUGUUCCUAGACUUCAAGUGCCUGCAGCUGUUGUAGAGUGUUUUGAUAUUUUCCCCCUCUAUUUUAGGUAACGGUCAAGCGUUAUUCAUUUUUCAGUAGCUCUAGGCAAGGGCGUGUUAAUCAGUGAUUGAUAAACAAUAUAAAUAUCACAUUGUUUACUUUUUGUUCUUUAUGUUUUGUGUGAAUGGAGGUAACACUGACAAGGGUUAAUCUGUUUAUUUAAAUCAGUCUUAUGAGGGCAGGCAUCAGCCAGUGUUGAUCAUUUCAAAAGGCCAUUAAUCAGCCCAACUGAUCAAUCAGUCUAUCUCCUAGUUUCAGAUACACAAAAAGAUCCAUUUCCAAAGGCAUGAUUAACAUAAAUAGCCAUUGGCUGUUCUAAAUCCAUUUGGUCUUGCAGAUGCAGCAAGCAUCAACAAAAUAGCCAAUGACUUUUCCAUUCCCUGAGUAAAGUGUUUACUUUUUCAUAUUUGCUGCUGUUCAGUAGAACAAGAUGCCUUUUCCUUCUCAAGGAUACUCUUAAGUGUCCUCAGUGUACAGUCACUUGUUGAUUAAGUCAAACCGUUGACUUUUUGACUUUGUGGCAUCUUCUCUUAAUACUCUAAUGUACUUCACUCACGUUAUCUGGUCCACCCAAUGGACUCCACCCUAUUACUGUGCCAGACAUCCUGAUAAUAGCUGACUAAUAUUUUCUAGGGAUGCAGAGAGGCACGGGGGGAAGAAGUUAUGACAGCAUUAAUAUAAAUCACAGUAGUUUCUUCUCAGCACCAAGAAUCUUGCAGCACAUUCGUUCAAUUUGCAUCACUUUUUCGUAAGAACAUGCUUAUGACAGACGUCAGUAUAAUGUUGAAUCAACAAUCAAAGGCUUCCUUCCCUCUCCUUUCAGGGUCAGCAAAUUUAGCACAUCACAUAUGGGAGUCCUGAAAAUAUCCAGAGAUGCUGCUAAUUAUGAGGACAUCCCAGUAGGUCUGAACUACAAGCACACUGUCGUCAUUCCUAUUGACACAGAAAUGUUCAGAGAGAAUCUCAAACUUUCACCAGUAUAACUGCUUUCAAUUGUACCCAGUGUUUUCUUUGAUGAAACCUUAGACAGGACUCACCUCACAGUGGGGUUUGUCGGUUGUUAGGCUGAGCUCCUUUUUCCAUCCAACUUUGAGUGAGCUUUAGUGAGCUGUCUCAUAAAUCUUUCAAUCGAAUGGGACUGUGUGUUCACAAAACAGAAAAAUUUCUACCUUCGAGAGUGCUAAAAUAACAAUGGGCAACCCCUUGUUAUCUUUGUCAUUACCUUUUAUAGAUCUUUGUCACAUAUUUGCCAGAACAGGGGUGUAUUAAGAAAGUAUUUCAAGCAAAGUCUGGCACACUACAAGGAACUUAGACUUGAAUAUGUUUACAACAAAGUGUAGUUAAACAUUAUGGUUGCACUCUCACGGUGUCUUAACCACAGCAACAUAAAUUAAUUGUUAUCAGUUAGAGUUUUGUUCUGUUUUGCGGCUUCCUGCUUCCCUUUAGGCUUUUUGAAUGCUUAUUGUGCUUGGUUUCAUUUAUUUAGUAAUUGCUGCAUACUUUGUUACAAGGGCUGAAAAUAGUUCCCUAAAAAGAUGAAUCGAUCCAAAUCAGAUUCAGUUCGAAGAUGUUUCAUUAAAAAUUAAGAAGGAUCCCGUUCUGAUUUGAUAAUGAGUCAGUUCAAUUCACUUUGUUCUGUUUCAGUGUUAAUUGAUUAUUGACUCCAAAGAAAACUUAAAUCAAUUAAAGUUAUUUUGACUUCCAAAAUAGCCGUCCUAUAUUUAUUCUCAGAGAGACAAAAGACUAGGCAUUCUGAAAUCAGAAAUAAUAAUAAAUUGAGUGAAGUCUGGAUCACACUCAUACCCUGUUGUUCCACUGUGAGAAGUAGUUGGAUGUGAAAUGCAAAAAUAUAGACAAUAGAGGUCUGUUGCAAUGAUAUUGGGAAGUAUGAUUUCCACAUUUCAUGAGUCAGCAUGACUCAAAAUAUUAAGUUCCCCCCACUUUUCCUCUAACUUUAUUUGUUGGCAUUUCUUCUUGCUAAAGUUUUUGCAGUUUUUCACACAGGAAGGAGUCAAUGUGGUCUUCAGAUGUACCUACCUGUCCUCUGAUGAAAUAUGACUGAGGCUCAGCCAGAAUAUAAAAUUCAAAGGAGUUCUUUUGUGAUUUGUUUAAGCAGAUUUCAUUGGAAGGAGAGCCAGGAUUAAAAUGCCAGGUUAUGCUUUACUAUUAUCACCAAAAAUGCCUUAAAGGAGUCCGAGCAAAGGAGGCCAAAUGUGUAUUUUACAAAGCCAGAAGCAGCUGCAACAGCACUUGGCUGCCAUUGUUUUCCAAGAUCCAUUAAGAUCAGUUUACAGGAAUACAUUGCUGCAUAGACAUAAUUGGUGCCUAAUGUUCCAGUCAUUUUGUAGAUUGAAGUUGCUCCUGACUAUGGCAGAUACCCCAGAGGCUCUUUUUACAAGCAUUAAUUGAAGGGAAAUGCCACAGAGAGGAACUUCAAGGAAGUGGUUUCUGGUAUUUAAUCAGUACACUGAUCAUCAUUUGGUUCCAGAUAAUUCUAAAUCAGUAUGAAGACAGUGUCCCAACCAUGAAGCAUUUGUUUUUCUGCCACCUGACAUCCGGAAAAUUGACUCUCCCUCUUUUCAGUGGGGGUGGGAGAAAAAAUGGAUACAGCAUAGUAUUGCGAUAUUUUGGCUGGUGAUAUAUUGUGUGGUUUCAUUGACCAAGUAUUGAUUUUUUCAAAUUAGUUGUUAAUAUGAAGUCAAAUCUAUGAUGAUGGGAAAAUAAAAUCAACUGUUGGUCCAGUGAGAUUUGCAGAGCAUCAUAGGGCAGGAGAAAGUUCGUACAAUAUUUAUAUAAGGUUUGCAGGAUGUGCUACAUGAAAUAAAAAACACAGUCAAUAAUGCAAACAUAAAGGAAAGACAAAUGCUAAAUUAUCUAAACAGUCAGAAAAAAUGGUAUAAAUCACAAUAUAUGGUAUUGCAAUACUCACUGUAUUGUGAAAUGUAAAAAAUAGCAAUAAUAUCAAAUCGUGGCCAAAGUGUCGUGAUAUCAUGUUGUGGGGCUACUAGUGAUUCCCACCCCUACUUUUCAAAUCCAGACUCAAAACCCACCUGUUCAGAUUAGCCCCCUCCUUGUUAUUUACCUGUCAUAUUUUUAUGUUUAUUUAAUUUAUUUUGUUAUUUUAUUUUAUCUUUAACUCUACUGCUCUCAUCUUGUUGUUUGUGCUGCUCUUCUUACUUUGUAAAGUGACCAUGGGUGUUUAGAAAGGCACUAAUAAAUAAAAUGUGUUGUUGUUAUUGUUAUCAUUAUUAUUAUUAUUAUUAUUAUUAUUUGAGGCAGAAAUGUUGGAUAAAAAAUGGAAAUGUAAUGCUGCCUGUGAAUAGACAUCCACAAGAGGAACCUUUUUUUCACCAGUCUGAUUCAGUCACUUUCCAGUAAACACUAGAAUAAGAGGAAAUUAAAUGUACCUGAGACGCAGAAAAGCAGGGGUAGUAGGAACAUUUGAUGAGGUGGAACAGAGUGUGGAGGUGUGAGACAAUGACAGCAACAAGCACCAGCAGCAAGCCCCAGACACUCUCUGAUAGUACAAAUCUGAUAUUUCACAGUGUUUGAUCAGAGCCAGUUUGGUGCUAGUGGCAUUUUACAUUCUUCAUUUAUGUUAAAGCAGACCUAGCAAGCUGUCACUCGGGCAGUUUGUUAAAAAUUUAAAGUUUUUUUUUUUUUUAGACCAAUACUCCUAAUCAUAUUUGAUGGUAAUAUACCUGCAUUACAUGUUGAGUUUUUCCUCCUCGUGAAUUUGUUCAUGUAAGCUGUGUCAUACUAUUUCCUUGACUGUAGUCUUUGUUCAUGCACUCAUUGUGUCUUCUUUUAGCAAAUGUCACUCUCUGUACUAUUGUUUGCUGGUUUUCCUUGUCAUCUAUAUAGCUCUAAUGGACAGCAGGCUGGUAUUAAGUGCAGCUUCUGGUUUUCAGCCACUAGUUUCAGUAAAACUCUAUCAAGUGUUCGUCAUCCUGUCCUAUGACUGUUUUGCAGACAUGACAAAGCUGGGUGGAUGAGACAGCCUGAAGUGUUUGUGUCACAGGAUGUGACCAUUUUAAAGUUUGGUGAUAUGUGAGCAGCAGAGGCUACAGUUAUGAACAAGGAUACAACAGAAGACUUCAUACAACUCCAGAAGCAUAGGGAUGAUUGGAAAUGUGCUUUGGCACAAAGCCACAAUUUACAGAGUGAUAUUCAACAUGAUAACUUAAGAAACUGAGUAGAAGUCAACUUCUAAAGACGUCUAUUCUCUUAAAGUAGUCUUAAAUGUUUUGAACCAUUGUCUGCUCUUCUUCCGUCUCCAGCUACUACCCUUUUCUACCUCAGUCUCUGAGGAUGUUUGACUCACCAUUACUCAGAUGUGAUUUCAGAUAUGACAGUAGUUUGGUGUUUGCACAGGAACCAGUCUAAACUCCUGAACUUGUUCCCAAGUUAGUCUUCAUUUAUAGAACCUCCAUGCAGGGUCAGGGGGAGCUUGGUCACUGUAAGGUUAUCCCAGGCUCCAGCACCAUCAUGUGUGAGUGAUGCUCACAUCCUGCUUUACUUGAUCACACACACCCACUUCAAGCACAUGGAAAAUAAUAAUGUGAUUAUUUUAAUGUGAUUCUGAUCUCUGAGUAGUUAGUUAAAAUGGAAAACGGUUGCACAACCACAAGUGAUUUCUCCAUAGCACCCUAUGGACACAAUGUGCAGGAUCCUGUUUUUAAGUCUGGUCAUGUGACUGAGGCUGAAUCUGAAGGCUUCAGAGGCCACACCCACUCUGAGAAACCCAUCAAAAUUAAAAGUUGAUCAUAUUUACAGCCUGGUACAAAAAGCAGUUUUUCUGAAUGGUGUAUUUUUCUAUUUCCACACAAUGUAGGGAAGUACAUUUUCAUAAUGCGUCAUUAAUUUUACUUAUGAGUUUGGCACCACUUGAGGUAUGGCUGGUUAGACUGACAGGUAGGCACACUGUAGCUGUUAGCAAGGAGGCAAAAGGUCUGCCUCAAGUCUGCUUCUCAGCCUCUUGUUGUUCAAAUGAUAGUUGAGUCAGCAUUGCAGAUAUAGCUUCAGAAUUUCUCUCAGGAACCAAGGAGUUAACUGAAUCAAAUGUUUGUCUGGGUCUAAAACUCAGACAGUCACAAAAAGGUCUGUAUUAUUAUUAUUAUUAUUAUUAUUAUUUGUGUGUGUGCUUCAGUGAGUGCCUCAUUCCUGUGAAUGUGGUUCAGAUGGGAAGUCACCUAAAUACUCAAUGGCUUUAGACAGUUGUUUGCCUCAUUGAAUGAACUGAAUUAGCAAUAGUCAUCAUUACUAUAAACAAAGGUAGUGUUCUUUUCCUCAUUGACACAUGCUGUUUUUGAAACCUUAGGUUGCCCCUCAUUUCUUUUUCUUUUUUACAUUUCCUUCUGCCAUUGGCAAAUAAAAGACCACAUUGGCAUCAAAACUUGGCCAUUUCACUAUGGUGCAUAAAUAGUAGUAGUCAAAGUAUUUAUAAAGGGUAAUGUAAAGACUCCCCAAGAAUCAAAACCCCAAUCUGUAAACACCACAAACUCGAGUCUGCACACUUGUAGUUCACUAUCAAAGCCCUCAUGAAACCCAAACUCUACCCACUUAUCUCUCCUUGCCCAGUAGACAGACUUCAGUUCUAGCCAGAUUGUGUAUUUGAAGGAUUACUGACUGAUUAAUAAUGAAGAAAAGACUGAUGACUUUGCUUAAGAAUUGUUUGAUCACAAAAAUACAUUUUUAGUCUGUAUGGAAAAAAAAUGGACAUAAUGUUCCCAAAGCAAACAGAGCAACUGUAACAGAAACACACUGUGGGCAUGUGCACACUUGUGUAGAUGUGUUAAUGUAAAAGUAGAACACUGGAAAGGUUGGAUCCGACCAUCACAAAAAGUGAUUUUCAAUGCCAGAUGGGAUCAUAUUCCACCAAAUAAAUCUGAGAUGUCGUUCUCUGAUGUUUACGAUGAACUCUGUGUGUUUAAAUUAGAAGCCGUGAGCCCUGGUAGCCGUUGUGUUUAUUUAAGAUACUCUGCAUUAAUCUCAGCGUAUGAUUGGACGAUAGUCUUCAGCCAACAGUGAAUAUAAACGCCACAGUGCAAAUUAAGUGUGAUACGGUUAAGUUUUGGUGUCUUUCCACUACUUUUAACCUGCUUUGAUGUCAGCAGAGUACAGAACUUUAUUAAUUAAUCCACAUUCAGGAAACUAGUGCUAUUAACUGUAAAAUAAGAACUUUCUCUGAGUGAUCACCCCUCAGUAUAGGUAUAAUAAAUAUACAAUUUUUCUAUUGUAACACUUUUCAGUCUCCCCAUUUAAACAGGUGUGCUGUGAAAAGGAGAAGCAGUUAUCCGUGAACUACAGAGCAUACACUUUGCUUGUGUAAACACAAGAUAGUAACUGAGUAGCAUUCAAGGGCUACAUGCUACCUAUCGCUAUCACCGGCCAAACUAAACUGUUUCGCUCCAUAGUGUUGGGUACUGUUAUGGGGGUUUUGUUGGUUGGUUGGUUGUUUGCUGCAAAUUAUUCAGUUUAAUUCUGAAAACACAGACGGGGGCUGAACUAGAGACAAGACUUCACUGUUUGUUGUUGGAGUGAUCCACUGAUGGUUUGCCACUUCGCAAACAAACUAAACCCAGUGCUGGGAAGGAAGCCUUUUAUUAAUUGUUCCCAUGCUACAUUGUUUGUUGAAUAGCUACUCUGGAUUUAAUUAUUACCAAGAUAAUACAUUAAAUUCAUUAAUAAACCUUGCUCUACUUGCUAUAUAAUACAAUUAACACAUAAUUGAUCCUGAUACUGAUUGUAAUCAAUGUAACGAUGCAAGUCUUGGCAAGGUGGAGCAGUGGAAAGACAAGUAACAGACGGUGUCAGAUAGCUCUUGUCAUAUUUCAGUCCACAGAUUCUUUGAUACAGGUUGCAGAAAAAGAUGCAACUGGAGGUAAAAUGUGGAUAAUGUAGUUCACCAAAAAAAAAAAAGAUGUCUUUUCUCUGUGAAUCAGAAAUUGUGCUAUUAUAGAAUAUAACUAGUGCUAUUAUUGUAUUUUUUUUUUAUCUUGGUUAAUUUCCUGAUGUUUUAAUUUCUUUUGUAGACUGUAUAGAUGCAUCAGCAUGAAUUUGUAUUAAUAACUGUAUCAUUUAUUUAUCUUUCAGUAUGUACAAAUACUCGUCUUGUUUUACUUGGCCUUUAAAUGGAAAUUGCCAACCUAGAGUCUAAAGAACCAAAAGUGUGAGCAGGCACGCAAAAAGCCCUAUUGUGUUCUUGCUGAACUGUAACUCUAAUGGUUAUCUAUUCUGACUCAAAUGACAGUAUACAUAUAGUGUAUGAUUAACCUUGUUUCCUGAAGUAUGUUCUAUAUGUCUCUGCUCAUCAGCUCACACUAUGAGUCAUGUGUCAGGAUUUAACUUGGCACGUCAAUCUAAUGCAUUGGCUCCUGUCACACACAAGCACACAAGCACUCACACAUCUUUAUGUUUAGAUUACAGUGAGUGUUAGUGGACGAGUCACACCAAAGAGAGAGGUGAUCUUUAGCAUGCAGGGUCGCACUGAGAAGUAUUUGUUGAUAAUUAGAAAUUCCAUUCUAUUUAAAGUUGUGUUGCGGGUUUAUUAUCAGCCACUGGAACUUUUCUUUCUGAGACUGAUGAUUUAUUUUGAAGACCAUAAGUUCAACAGGUUUUUUGAAGAGAUAACUUGGGCUGUGCUGGGUUGUGUUUGCUACACCAUCUUUCUGCCAGAUAAGCCAGGAACCAGUAUUGAGCCGUCAGGUUGUUAUCCGUGUUGUGAGAGUUGAAUAUUAAAAAUUCAGUCCAGCCCUGUGGUGUUCCAAAUGUAGUUUAAUGAAGUAUGAAACCAUUGGAACCAUUCUGAAAAGCCAAAGAAAUGAUGGGCUGAGCUCAUUUAUCUGUGACUAUCUGCCUUGCCUAAAGUGGGACGUCAGGCUCUUUGAGAAUACUGGUGUUGACUUUCAGUAUUCGGUAUUUGGCAGACUCCAGCCUGGACAGCACCUUUCUCUGCUGAGGCCUUCAGGCUAUUUCUGGUGCCCUCUCUUCACACCAUGUUACUAUUAGACCUGCGUUCCUUCAUGCCAAAAACUCCUUGAAUUCUUGUGACCGGGGUCAGCUACUGCUCAAAAAUUAUCACUUUGAUGGUCAUUUUCCAUGCAGUUGCUUGGUGGACUAUGAAUGCAACAAAUAGUGACAUGGAUAUGAAGAAUGCUAAUGCAGCACAGUUCACAAACAGAGACAGGUCUUUAUAUAUCCUUGAAAUGGGAAAUAAAACCUGCCAAAAUAGCAACUUUACACCAAAGAUGAAGUGAAACAACAUCUGAAUCAGAGAAAAUUCUUCAAAAACAAAGUGUUGGCAAACCAGAAUAAGUGAGUAAUGAUUUUGCGAAGUUUGUCUUAUAUUCAUUUGCAUCUGCAUUUGGCAGAAUUUCAAGUCAACUUUGCCUGUUUUUCCGUUGAUAAGAACAGCGGGCACACUUUUUGGUCCAGUUAAGGCUCCCUCAGAUAAAUACUGGUCUACACAUUUUUAGUGAUGUCUAGCCCAAAACUGCACUGCUCUGAUACUGCUUUUGGCCGUGUCAUUGAAACUCUGCUCAUUUUUUGAAAUUCUUUUAAAGUUAAGACUAGAGGGGUAUCUGGACAUAUCCAGGCUUAGUCUGAGUGAGCUAUCUCAACAAGGUGUAACAAAGCACCCUUUACGAGACAACAGGGACCACAAAGCUGGUUAUGAACUUUCUUUGUGAAAGGGAUAUUUCAGUAUUUUUAAAGUGGGGUUGUAUGAGUUACAUUUCACUAGUAUUUGUAUUAGACACAAUGGAUGCUGCCCUUUUACUGAGAAACUGCCAGGACAACCAGCAAGCUAGCUAGGUUAACAGUUCUCUGCAGGGGAGGGUCAACACUCCCAUGUAAAUUGGCUAAUUUUGAAGAUGCUUCAUCUAGGUUUAGGUGUACAUUCAUCAAAGGUCAUCUAAUGUGCCAGAUAACCUUAUAUAAUGUGUUAGAUGACCAUAUAUAUAUAUAUAUAUAUAUAUAUAUAUAGAGGGAGAGGAUAUUCUAUAGGUCUAAGGGCUCCCAUGGUGUGAUAAAUGCAGUGUUACCAUAAUUGCAUGGUUAUGUCCUGUUUUAAAAAAUGUGACGUAAAUGUUCAGAAGUUCAGUCAGGAGUCAUCAGCAGAUGAUGUUACCACUUGCAGGAGUCUUUCAACAUUAUUAGUGAAAUGACGACACUUUACAGUCAGUUUCAAGCCAAACCCCUGAACAAAACCUGGUCCCAACCAGGUUGUUAGUAGAUAGUAAGUUACCAUAGUGAUGUAGAAAACAUUGGGUUCAGACUCAACUGACUCAGUCCUACCCUCUAAUCUGUCUUUGUGGUACACCCCAGGCAUCAGCUAGUUGGAGUUUCAAUCUCCAUUUGAAUGACUAGGAAACUAUUCACUUUGGAUCAUCCUCGACCACAGACCCCCAUUUCAGCAAAAACUCAGUCUUUAUCCAGAGCCUGAUGUAGCCUUAGUAGGGGACAUUUUCUAAGGGACACUUGUCUGCUAACACAAACACUCACAGAAACGCUCACAGCAUAUGAAACUCUGUCGGCUUGACAUACCCUGUACUUUUAACAGCUUUGAUGCUUCAUAAGGUUUUUUGCAGCCAAGAGUGUGUGGACCCAUGAUUGCACCUCCAUCUGUAUGUUUUUACAGUGUAUUUAAUAGAGAGAUUGAUCAUGACUGGAGCACUUGUAAGCUUGAUAAUAGAAAAAGCAGAAUGUGCAACCAGUGCAGCCUAAUUAUUUGUUUUGGAAUAGGAGAACAUGAGAAGACCUUUACUGAUCCGUGGAAGGAAAUUCAAUACCAGCCUUAAUAUUUUGGAGUGAUGUAACUUAUCAAGUUAUAUGGUACAUAAAGCAAUCACAGGUGACUACAGUAUGAAUGAUACAUUUGUGUGUGCAAACGCUUAUGUUAACUCUUUUUUAAGGAAGAGUUCAUAGUUCACCACUGUGACUUUUAAUUGCAAUUUGAGAAUAAUAAAAGAUUCUAACUAAAAAGGUGCCAAGUUACCCAACAAAGCCAAGUCUUAGAAAUCCCUUCCCUCUGUACGACAAGAAGCUCAAGCAGAGCAAACGCUAGAGUACACAGGUCAUGUUUAGCUUUGACUCAGUAAGUGCAUUCAGAAACUAUUCAGACAGUCCAUUGUUGAUUAACUUAAGCUUACCUUUAACCAUUUUGGUGUUGUAUAAUCUUUAAGUGAAUAUGUCAGGCAGUUUGCAUAUUAACACAGCACAGUGAAAGGUGAUAAGGUGACCCCCAUCUUAUCCAAACAUUGUGUGAUUAUUAACCAAACCCAGACAUGGGUUUAAAAGAAGCUUUCCACAUCAGUGUCCAGACAACAGCUGGCAGUUAUAGAUUUUUCUUGUUUAAAGCGUUUGAACCUCUUGGGUAUUACUGAGCAAAAAACAAAUGGUGUGUUUUUGUAUUUAAUGAAGCUUGUUUCACUAAUGUUCUUUUAUAUUAAUAAGCAUUACCAAGCUUACUCUUGUAAACAGCAGUAGGUAAUCUGACAAGUGUGCAAAAGGGAUAUGUGCGCAUGGUUUGCUGUCAGGUUUGAAAACAUGGUUGAGAUGGGAGUUUGCCAGAAUGGUGUGUACUCUGCUUGUGUUUUCCUUCUCUCUUCUGCUCCAGCUCAGUAUACACAUAGUAUUUAAAUGCAUCUUCUUUUGAUUUCAUUAGAGGUGGUUCAGCUCAGAAAACCAUUCCAGCUCAGGACUCAGGUUACCAAGGUUCUCUGAGUGGAGACAGCAAUCCUCCAUAAUCUUCCCGUCUACCACCAUGAUUAAGUGAAAGUACCUCUUCAUUUCAGGUUUUUAUACACAAAGUGUGAGAAAAUGAGCCAAGCCAUUAACAAAAAAUUGAAUAUCAGGUACAUUUAAUGUGUGAAAAGGAUUCUUUCAUGAGCAAAGAUAAGAUCAUGAUGGAUACUAAUACUUACAAUAAAGUUUUCUUCUUUCUGACGUUUAUUAGUGUUGCAAUCUUCAGGGAAAUGGGUGAGCUCUCAGUUGGCAGCACACUGCUAAGAAAAAGAGCAGCGAGAACUGUGAUGCCUAAUUGAAUGUUAAGAUGAUCCUUCCUGAAUGAUUUGAGCUGAAGUACAUGCAGCAGCAUGCCUGCAAACCAAAGAACAGCUCCAACAAAAACUUUCCCUCAGGCGAAAAACAAUGUAAUGGGCUAAACAAACGUCUAUAAACAACUGUAAGACAGACCCCUGCUGCCUCUGUUUGAGGAGAAGCUCUGCAACUCUGCAUGUAUCAUCUAGUAAAUGCAGCAAUUUCUGAUAUUUUACCUCUGCAAGAUGUUUGUUUUAUGUCCACAUUUUUUUUAGAUUGAUAUAAAACCCUAUGUCUUCUUUUUAUUCAGGCGGUGCCUUUUGGUGUUUCAUUGUCAAUCAGGAUGUUUCCAUCCAUUCUAGAAACCAGGCACUCGGUGGUUUCCAGCAAUAAUUAGAUUUCUUUAAUUUUACAUAAAUGAGAAAUCAGGUUUUCUGUAAUUAAGUAAACUUCAUUUUCUCAGCAGGAAUCCUGCAGAGAAAACCUGACUUCUUGGUCAUGUACUGUUGGUUUCUUAGCUUAUUUCAGGACAAUUUAAUGACAAUGGACAAAUUAAAAAACACAAGCACUAAUACAGAGGCCAGUGUUUAAGAUAAUGAUAAAUUUGAAUGCUGAUUCUGAUGCGAGUGUAAAGUAGAUGAUUUUGUUGAAAUUGUUGCCAGCAGUCCCUUUCAGUCUCUUUCUCAAGUUCCCCAUAAAACAUCUGUGUGACGUGACUCGAAAAGACCAUAUCCCUGAGCUUUGUCAGACACACGUAAUACUCCUACACUGUAGUUCGACCAUGAAGACAAAUCAGAAUUUUCUUCUGCCACAACUUCUCGUGUCAAACCUAGUCUUUGAAGCAGCAGUCAGGUAGAAUAAACACCAGAAGACAUUUUGACUAUAAUUAUUAGGUAUUUGAGUUAUUGUUGCUUAGACUUUGCUUUCUUAAAAGUAACCUCCUCUGGCUUUAACAACAGCUUGGCAUACACGAGGCAUUCGAGGCAAGGUAUGUUCCAGGGAUUGCAUUCCAAGCUUUCUUAAGUUCAUUAAAAAGAGACCUCUGGUUCGUGGGAUGCGUUUUUCUGACCAAUCAAUCCAAUUCAUCCCGCACAAGCUCUAUUGGAGAAAGGUCUGGAGACUGAGGGGGCCAAACCAUCUUUUGAAAAACACCUUCCUCUUUUUUUUUUUGUCUAGGUAACCCUGACAGAGCUUGGCAGAGUGCUUAGGGUCAUUGUCUUGCUGCUAAACAAACUUAGGAGCCACCAGUCUUAGUCCAGAUGGAACAGCAUGGUGCUGGAGGAUGGAGUGGUACUGUUGCUUCUUCAUGAUACCCUCUACGUCAAACAAAUCUUCUACUCCAUCACCUGCAAAACAUCCCCAUACCAUGGAACUACCACCUCCAUGCUGAAUUGUGGGUGUAACAGAUGGUGCUUUCAGACGUUCACCAGUUUGUCUGCAGACAUAGACUCUGCGUUUUGAACCAAACAGUACAAACUUGUUUCUCGUCAUCAUAAGUCAAAUUUUUGUGAGCUUUUGCCCACUCAUAUCUCUUUUUCUUGUUUUGUGGACAAAGUAGUGUUUUUUUGCAGAUACACAACUCUUCAGACCAGCCUUUCUCAAACGUCAUUUCAUGGUUGUCAGAGAUAUGGGUUUCGACCUUGUCAUGUUGAUUUCCUCCCUUAUUUGUGGUGCUGUCUUUCGCCAAUCUCUCUUACUGAUGACAAUGCUAUGUUUAUCCUCUGCUUUUGUAGUAACUCUCUUUCGUCCAGGUCUUUUUCUAUCAUCAUGACUUCCAGGUUCCUCUCGUCUCUUAAGGAUGUAGUGGACUCCUGUGUUAAACACCUUUAGGCGUUUUGCAAUUUCUCUUUCUGUGUACCCUUCUUUCCUCAAAGUACAAAUCUGUACUUUUGUUUCUUUACUCAGUUGCUUCUUUUUAGCCAUUUUUGCGGUAGUUUGAAUGCAGUUGAGAUUUAUUAGGAUUUUUGUAUGCAGACUCUCAAAAGCCAAAAAGUUUAAGUGAAUAAUCCAACUGUGAUUUGUUUUUUUGCUUUUGCACUGAAGUUGUGACUCUUGCAAAUGUUUUCAACCCUAAAACUAAGCCCUCAUUAUCUUUUGCUGACAUUUGUUUAGCAAUGGUCUGUUAACAUCAAUGUAAAGGUAAGUGGAGUAAAAUGGUGCAUUUCCAUGAAAGCAACAUCUGAUCAUGGAGUAAAUACAUCCCAAAAUACAUAAAACUCAUGCUGGAUUUUAAAAAAAGCAUUGUGAACAAAAACUUGAAGUUACUCCCAACUGUUCGGCCUGUAAUGGUCAUGCUUCCAAACUUUUGUCCUGUAGUGUACUUAUGGAGUUAUUUAUUGAAAAGUUGAUACAAAACAAGAACUUUAUUGAUUCCCUAAUAGAAAUUCACUAUUGUUAUAAUUCAUGAUGGCUUAACUGUCAAAAAAAGAAGAAUUCCUUUAGACAUUUGUUUUGAUGGAGAUGCAUACAAUUGUAUUCAAUGGUAUUCAGGAACAGUCUGAAUCAUAGGGGUGGGAGAAAAAAUUGAUACAGCAUAGUAUCACGACAUUUUCUCUGGUGAUAUUAUAUCGUCUUAUUUACCAAGUAUCUAUUUUUUUUCAAAUUAAUUGUUCGUAUGAAGUCAAAUCUAUGAUAAUGGAAAAAUAAAAUCAACUGUUUGUCCAGUGAGGUUGGCAGAGGUGAUAUCAUAGAGCAGGAGAAAGUUAGUACAACAAAUAUAUAUAUAUAUAAGGUUUGCAAGAUGUGCUACAUGAAAUAAAAUACAGUGUAAAUAAGACAAACAUAAAGGAAAGACAAAUAUAAAGGAGAGACAAAUGCUAAAUUAGCUAAACAGUUGAACGAUUGUAUGAAUCCUAAUGUAUGGUAUCGCAAUACUCAUUGUAUUGUAUCGUGAUAAUAUCAUAUCGUGGGGCUACUGGUGAUUUCCACCCCUACUGAAUUAUAUGGCUCAAACUGAGACUGUCCUGUCAGCUGCGUACCGCCUUAAUGUCAUCCUAGCAGCUAUUGCAUUCACUGUAUCUGGUCCAUUUUAUACCUGUUCGGCUUAAACCCAAGACUGGCCUUUAAUUUAACACACUGCUCAUUUUUCUCUGUAGUUGUUUUGUACCUAAAGGUUCAAGUAAUAAUGACAAAUGACAUUAUAUUUUUGCACAACUAGAAAUGACAUCAAAUGAUGUCUAAUAUGUCUGACUAGUAAUCAAACACCCUAGAUACUUAGUUUACUGUCGUGUCUGAGCACAAUAAGCAUCAGAUGAAACGAAGUGUGAGCAUGUACGCUGACAUGUCUUCUAAUAUCAACAAACUAGCAGCAGAGAAAAAUCUUGAUCCAACAGUCCUUUAAUCUAGUGCUGGAGAAUUUGUUAUAACUUCGUUUUUAGAUUUGGAUCAGUUCACUUGCACUUUCAGUUCCACACUGCUGCUUUCACAUGCAGCUCUUUCAUUAGACGCUGAAAGUUCAGGCGCCUUUAAAGGAGUUCAGUAACAGGCUGUUAUAAGAGCUUCUGCAGCUGAUAUUUAUUCUGUCCCUUUGUUCAGCUCAAACAUUGUUUAGCUGUUGACUCACAAGUUGUUUCAUGUGUUUUCAGGUUCAGUCUACACACCCCUCCCUCUCAUCGUUUGCCCAUCCUGAUCCUUUUUCCCUGUUGGCUGCUGUUCCCCAGAGGGCGGGGCUAGUAUGGGGUAAGAGAGCUGAGAGGAGACAUCAAAACGACUCAAGCUUCGGAGGCCUUCUAACCUGCACAGGUAUGAUAGUACAUCGUGUACCCUCAGGUCCACAAAAACACUGUUUUGAAUGCAGCAUAGGAUAGGGUGAAACGUGUUUUUUUUCAAUACUUUAAAGUCAAACACACAAAGAUAAUGUCAAAUAUUACGGGAUGGAAUAAAUGCGUCUUUAGGUACAAAUCCUAAAGUAACCUGUAAUCACAUUAACUUGUAAGUUCCGACAUUAGUCGUGUUUUCAAGCCAUAAAUCACUUGGAUCUAUCUUGUUCUACAAAAAAAAAACCUUCAACUGUCUCUUACCAUUGUUGGCUGCUGUCUUACACCCAUCCCCCACGCAGGUGAGACACCACACCCCACUGAACCUUUUAUCAGGUGUACACCACAUUUGGUCAAACACAGCUGGGCAUUGUCUAAAAGAUUAGUGCCAGAUGUUAUAAGUGAGUCACAGUCCUGCUAAGAAUUCAGAAAACCUAACCUUUUGUUGCCAGGAUCCAACCUGUGUUGGUUAUGAACCGUUUUAUUAAAAGGUUUUCAUAAGCCCAAAAUUGUCAUUUGAAAGGAUUUUUCAUUGUCUGCUUUUAUUGAAUUUUCUGAAAUGUUUUAUGUGAAAUAUCCUAACCCUAAUGUUGAUCCAAGAUCCCUCAUACUCAGGUUGUGAUCACAGUUGAAAGGGGGGAAAGACUGAUUAAACCAUCACAGCUCUUGAUAACUUCUGUUAGUCACUGUUAGAUCUUUUGACAGUUUUCCCUGACGCAGCCUACAGCAAGUUACUCAAAACAGGCAAAGAUUACAUACAAAGAUCAAUAAUAGUAAUUGUUUAAACAAGCCACUACUUACAGUAAAAGGCCUUUGAGGAGAUGAUCAUUUGAAAUCGGACUAGUGCAUCUCAUUGCAGUGUGCACUUUCUGAUUCUUUGUCAGGCUUAUCGUUUCUUUUCUAAAACGUGAGUUGUGGGGGCAUACAGGUGCACGUACGAUAUCUAAAGAGGUCACAGUGUUGCUUUCUGCAGAGCUGAUGCUACAGGAAAUUGCCAGACCACAAACGAGUGCAAAAAAAAUACUGCUGGUUCCACAAUAAUGCUAGACUAGACCUCAAUUUAUGGCUGCACACAGGGUAGAAGCUGCGGCUCUGACUGGUGUUAUAGAUUGCCAUUAGCAUGCUUUACUGCUCGUCAAUCAAACAAUUAGUGUCCAGACAGUAAAAAGUCAGUUAACAGGAUACAAAGAUGUUCCCUUGAGCAGAUGCAGCACUCUCUUCUCCAUCCCGUGAUGGCCUUUUAUGAGCUUUUUGUACCAGCAGAAGUUGAAGCAUUUCCUUGCAGCCACUUUUAGAUCUGUGUGUCUUGUCUUGUCUUGUGUGUGUGUGUGUGUGUGUGUGUGUGUGUGUGUGUGUGUGUGUGUGUGUGUGUGUGUGUGUGUGUGUGUGUGUGUGUGUGUGUGUGUGUGUGUGUGUGUCCAAGUCAACCACAGCUGCAUCGAGAUUAAGAAGUGGAGUUUGCGUUUACCUAUAGGCGUUCUCACACCACUUUGGUUAGUCAGACAUCCUGAGGCAUCAGCCUAGUUAAUAUGCUGUUUAGCUUCCUUCUUUAGAACCUCCUCCCCCACCCACAUGUUUCCCAGAAGUCCCCUCAUCUGUAUGGAGAUUCAAAGGAUGGGAAAGAGUAAUAAUCCAUGAGAAAAGGAAAGAAAGGAGGGGCUAAAGUGAGAAAGCUUAGUCUGUGUUCAUCUUGACCCCCGAUGUUAUGGUGACAUACCUUCAGGAGUGUGCAGCGUCAUCCUGUGGGUUCUUGUUGUCAUGUGAAUGAAGGCCAAAUUUGACAAAAAGAAAGAAGAAAUCAAGAAGGAGAAGGUGGUGGAGGUAACGGAAACAGUUUGGGUAAAUAAGGGCUUGGGAGUUGGAAAGAGCAAACAGUGGCAGAGCAGAGUUGUUGCUAGGAGGCUGACAGAGCAACAUGACACAGACCACAGAGACAGGAAGCACAUAGAUAAUGGUUCAGACUCAGAGGAAGAUAAAUCUAUUGGGUUUGUUUGUUCACCAUUUGAGUUCUUGGAUUUAGCUUAAUCAACUUCAAACUGUCGAGGCACCACACUUAAUUUUAUUUUUUUAUAUUUAUCUGACCUAGAGGAUGAAUAAUCUCUGAAAGCUACUAUUCAAAAAGUAGACCAACUAUCUCUGUUUCUAGCUCUCAUUGAAGGAUACCUGUUUAGUACUUUAAGAUGAUCAACUGAAUAAUAUUGGGGAUUUCAACAGUUUAUUGGCUAAAGGAGAAAGUUGAAGUCAUUUUCUCUGACUUCUGAGAAUUUGUGAUGGCUACUGUGACUACUUUUAAAUGUAUUGAACACUAAAUGGUUAAUGGAUUUAUCAAGCAUAUGUGUUAUGAUUUUCUUCACUUUCUUUAAACGAAUAUGGUAAACAGGGCAAAUAUUGAACUUGAUCAAGACCAGUCAGUUCGCUUGAAAAUCAGUGCAUCUUUUUUUUUUCAAGCCAGGGCAUCAGUAUAAGCAUGACUUGCAUUUUUCUUUUUCUUCUUUUUUUGGACAGUAUUUAACAGAAAGGGUUGAGGGGUAAAAACAUACGGUAUCCAAAUGACAGUAAUUUUUCACAGAUGUUGAGACUUUGGGCUUUCCGAGUUCACUCCUCCAGUUUGUUAGCUCAGCUUUAGAGCAAAAUCUGUACACUUGUCACUUUUUAAAGAAGCUUUUCUCCUCUUCUGUUCAUUGCUUUAGUAUGUAUUUGUGUUUCAUGUACAUGUACAGCUAAGGAAUGAAAAAGGUCAAAUGGAGCAUCUUUGCAGCACUCAGGCUUUGAGUAUGUAGUCGACAGUAUGGCUGGGAAUCUUGGUUUAUAACUCCUCCUCCCUCCCUCUCUUCCCUUGUUUUUCAUCAUCUUUCAACUGCAGGCAAUUCCAGUGAGCAAUAAGUUAUUUUUAAUAAUUGUGGAUAAUUUUGAUUGUGGUCACAUCUAGUCAGGAAAAGGUUUCCAAGUCUUAAUUGAAACCCCCUGCAGCUCAACCAGAUUUAUUUUCAGGACAAAAAAAGGAGAUAACUCCAAAGAAUAAGAGGCCCACAAAGUAGGAUGUUACAAGUGGAGUGCAGUGAUUUUUGGUCAAACAAAAGGAGAAAGCUUGGCAAAGAAAUAUUUGAGGUGAAGAUUUGUUAGCCUGCCAAAGUCGAAUCCUGAGUCAGUGACACGCCUCCUUAAAGGCUGUGUUGUUUGAAUUUGUUUAGUUUUGCAAAGCAGGAUCAACUCUGUACUGAUAAUACCUUUUUAGAUAACAGUCCUCAACUAUCCUUUUAUUGUAAUUAACCAUCAAACCUAAACACCAACAUCCCUUCACAAGGAUUCAUGGUGGUAUACUUAUAUUUGAAGGCAGGCUGGAUGGCUGUCAUUCAUGGUUCUCAAACAGACGUAUGCCUAGUUACAGGAUAACCAUGAAGCAUGACCUCAGGUAAACCGUUUUUAAUCAUGGAUAAUUGUCUAAUGAGUUUAUUAUAUUUAGUUUGGAUUAUCUCCAGGACUGCCAGUCUUUGCAUGUGUGCUGCUCUAUGAUGGUCAUAACUGCCAGUCUAGAUAUGUAUGAACACACACACAAAAAUGCACGCACACCCCGCCUUAGCUCAAAUGGCAUUCACUGGUUGUUGAUUUGUAGAGCUUGCAGGAUUGUUCUUGUGGUAAAUGUUAGUCUGUUGGUAAGAAGGCUAUAGAGGAAAGACUUGGUAAUCUUAAUGUGUGUUUAACAGGUGUCAGCCUGUUAAACACACAUUAGCACAUUAGCAAACUCUAUUCUUGUGUGGUGUAAGCGAGAGAUACAAACCGAAAGUAUGCUGUGCCUGAUUCCCGACUGGAGAAUAAAAUGAUUUUAUGAAUUGGGGAAAAAAGUCAGAGGGACUCAUCUGCUUUAGUUAGAGUGAAGCUCAAGGAUGAUGUAUUAAUUGUAGCUGAGUAAGGUAGCGUCAUUGUAUUCUCAACCAUUACCUUCUAAAUACGUUUCUGUUCCAUGAUACACUUUGUUAACCGAGUUGAACUUUGACCUGUUGUUGAAUCAACAGAAAUGACGCCUUGCAGAGAUCAAUGACAUUGAUGUUCUGCUCAUGUGUCUUUGCAGCUACAACUUUCUGUGAUUUAAGCCACCGUUCUCGUCUAAAAACUUCAUCCCUUAAAAAGCUUCAAAAAGCUUUAGACUGACAAAGACAGCAGAAUGUCUUGAGUUUGAAUUUCAUCUCCUCUGAAGUCUACAAUCUAAUCUUUACCAGAUCAGUUCUCCUGUUGCAUCAUUUUUCAAAUCCCCCUGCAGCCUGCUCAUUUUCAUAUGACUAAACGUCACAGUGGUCUUGUGGUUAAAAUUCUUUUGUCUCUUUCCUUUUCUGCUUGUUCCUUCUUAUCAAAGAGAGAUGCAGUGGAACAACACACUUAGCUGUUGUCACCCAUAAAAGCAGUGAUGAUGAUGACGAUUAUGAUUUCCCUGAAAUGGAAAGCACAAGAUCAUUUCCCUGAAAAAUCAAUUGCUGUUUCCAUCAAGACUGACCACGCUCUUAAAGGCCAAGUAGCAUCAAAAGCUCGAUUAGAGUCAUGCUGUAGUCAAUCCACCACUUUGACUGAAACAGUAAGGUAAACAGAAACGGCUGUUUAUGAUGUGAGAACAUGGUGUGCAUGGGGACAACUUCACAGGUGCUUUCAGGUUCUUCCAGGGAUGUAACGAUAUGAAAAUUUAGCACCACGAUUAUUGUGACCAAAAUUAUCACGGUUAUCAAUAUUAUCAUGGUAUAGUUGAAGUAUGUUCAAAAUGUUUAAAAUGCACUUAUACACGCCCUGAAAUCAUUUAACAAAAUUUUAUUUAAAAAAAAACAAUCAUAAUAACUUUUCCUUAACCUUAAAUAACAGAGGAACGAUAAGCUUAAAAAAUUAAAGAUGGGGCCUCAGUGAUCAAAAAGAUCUACUCUUACAAAUAUAAAACAGAGCAACACUACAAUACAGUACAACCACAUGCAAACAAAUGUGUAGUGCAGGUGUUUAAAACAACAUAAAGUAUGUAAACAAAUCAAAUGACCCACACCAAUUGUCGGUUUUCUCCACCAUAAGGUGCUGCUGCUGACUUUGUUCACUACUUGAGAUUGAAAUGUAGAAAUUUCUGCAUAUUUACUUGGUCUGGUUUGAGUAGUGAUCUGCAAGGGGAAACAAUGUGCCCGCUGGCACUGAAUAGCCUCUCGGAUGGCACGCUGGUUGCUGGGAUGCACAAAAACUUCCCGGCAACCCUUUGUAGAAGCCCAAAUACACCCAGACUUCGGACUUUGUUUUCUUUGACAGCGGAAAAAUCUCUGCAACACGGUCGGCAGAACUGCCCGCAAAACUGCCCUCCGCCAUGUUUACAAGAUGUAUACUGCACAAUGCGAAUGCGCGCGGCGCGCCUGUGUCCGGACUGCUGUGUGCAGCUGCUCUUCUCAGCACUGAGCAGUCUGUGAACUUUUCCAGAGUGCAGCAAUCAAACAUGAUUUUAACGGUAAUUAAAAAUUGAAAUGGUAGUACUAGCUGUCAGACAUUUUACCGCGGCUUAUCAUUUUACCUGUAAUCAUUACAUCCCUAGGUUUUUCCUUAGCUGCCAACGCGCGAAGUAUGCAAAAAUAUGCAGCAAUGCAUCCUGGUUCAUGUGUAACCUUGUGAAGUCAGCUCUGUAGACCAGUGCAGUGCACACACUAACAGAAAGGAGGAUACCGAAGCCUUGGAUACUCGUAUAGCUAUAAAGGAUUGGUCUUCAUGCGGCACAGUAUGGACCCUUUGCUCCAUGUCUAUUAAAUUGACUUAUUAUCCAUCAGGCAGGGAUUAGAUAGCAGCCCCUUCAGACGGUCUGUCGUUUCAGACACUGUAUGCAUAACAUUUUUCACAAGGAGCACAUGUGCCCCUAAAUUGAAAAAUUAAGGAGCACACAAAGAACUUUUGGGGCACAAUGAAAAUCAAUCAAAGAAUGUUUGUUUUACUGGUCGACAUAAGUACUAUUAUUUGAAAUCAAUUUUAGGACUUUUGGUCACAUGACAUGGAAGCUAUUGAAGGAAAACAGCCUCUUCUGAGAACAUCAACUGGUCAUUUAUUGAUGGUCUCUUAUUUAACACCCGACUUUGACAGCGAGGAUGCCUAGUAGAUUUAACUGCGCUGCUGUUGCUAUUCCCAGUUAUGGAGAGUGAGAAGACGCCUUUAGAUCUGCAGUAAAUGUCCGUCGAAUAUCCAACCCAAAAUUAAUUUCACUGUAUUUACAUGAAAACACAUUUGUUUCUUCGGCUAAUUGUUUUGAUGCGCACGUGCCCCCAAAUACAUUUCACAAUUUGCAGACAUUCAUUUUCUAGUCGCAAAUGCGAAAUUUUAGCGAAAUGGUCGCACUGUCAAGCCCUGCAUGUUUUCCCCUCUCUAACUGCUUUGCUUUCUUUUCCCUUUAGGUGGUUACGGGUGCAGGACACUGUCAUGGCGCUGCUGCGGAGGAGGCUGAAGCUUGUGGUGACAGUGACAAUGGUUAACCUCUUCAUCUUCAUCCUCAUCUCCCGACACAGCAGCCAAGAGAAAAACGGGCAUCAGAAGGUCAACAUCCCAUCCAAACCUUUCUGGGCCAAAGUGACACCAAGCCCUGCUUACUGGAACCGCCAGCAGCAGAUUCUUGACCUUCAGAACAAUCCCGUCCUCACGGCCAACUUGAGCAAUGGAGAGGCGCCUGAUUGGCUCAAUGACACCAGUGUGACCUCUAACCCCUGCAAACCCAACUUCAGGGUUACUACUCAGGUGAAAGACUACAACUCCUUGCCGGACCGCUUCAAGGACUUCUUACUGUACAUGCAGUGCCGCUCCUAUCCACUGAUGGUGGACCAGCCUGAUAUCUGUAAGGAGCCACCAUUCCUGCUCCUGGCAGUCAAAUCCCUGGUACCACAUUUCGACCGUCGACAGGCAAUCCGUGAGUCUUGGGGACGGGCAGGUGUCAUAGCCAAUCAGACAGUGGUUACCAUUUUCCUUCUUGGCAACGCCACAGCCGGGGACCACCACCCAGAUCUCUCUGGGAUGCUUAAGUAUGAGAGUGUUGCCUACAAAGACAUCAUCCAGUGGGAUUACAGAGACUCGUUCUUCAACUUGACUGUCAAAGAAGUCCUGUUCCUGGAGUGGAUCCAGACUCGGUGUUCCGGUGCUCGCUUCAUCUUCAAAGGUGAUGACGAUGUCUUCGUCAACACCUACCGCAUCUUGGACUUCCUAAAGGGCCUCUCCGCACCCAAAGCCAGGGACCUGUUCGUGGGUGACGUAAUCACCAACGCAGGACCUCACAGAGACAAAAAGGUCAAAUAUUUCAUCCCAGAGAGCAUGUAUGCGGGAACGUACCCUCCAUACGCAGGAGGGGGUGGGUACCUUUACUCUGGUGACAUAGCUGCUCGUCUGCACAAUGUGUCUCAACAUGUGGCCCUUUACCCCAUAGAUGAUGUUUACACAGGGAUGUGUCUCAGGAAGCUCGGGCUGGCUCCCGAAAAGCACAAAGGCUUCAGGACCUUUAACAUUGAGGAGAAAUACAGGUCGAAUCCCUGUGCCUACAAGAGUUUAAUGCUGGUUCACCCCAGGACCCCACAGGAGAUGAACCAGAUCUGGGGCUGGCUCAGUAGUUCAGAUUUAAACUGCCAGUAAUUGCUCAAUGGCAAGCGCUUUGGGGUACUUCGAGGUUGUUCCUAGAGGCCAAAGAGACAUCAAAUAUUUUGAACAGGGUCAUGACUUAACAGUUGGCAGCUUUAAGUUAAGAUAUUUCUGUCAAGGUCACUUGGAGCCUCAGCAUGGAGCGGCUGUUGCAUCGUACCUCUAGAAACGAGGAAGGCUGUGUUGUUAACUCUUGAAAAUGGCCACCAUAGUAUUUUGACUUGACACCAGACUUCCACUGACGAGCUAACCCUGCUUCACCAUGGAAAGUGACCAUGUCUGUCUUUACGUGCACAUAUUUAUAUUUAUUUAUAUGGCCUUUCAAAUGCUUUAACACUGUGUGUCAGCUCUGUGAGGGAGCGUCUCAAUGCUGUAUUCUAGAAAAAAGGAGACUAAGAGCUCGGAUGUGUCCACCUGGGACUGCGGUCCUUGUUUGGUGAAGGGAAACUGUGUCAGGUUUUUGACACAGAAGAAAACUCCAAAGUUUUCAGCACUGUAGAGUGUCUAAAUAUUUCAAACCAAGUAAAAGAGAGAAGCUCUUCAACUCCGUGCCUCUAUCAGUGGAGCCUUUAUGCUGCAGUUCAUUGCUGCCAGCUUGUAAAGAGGGUCCUGGUGAACACUUCCUGCUAAUUGUUGCUGGUGGCUUGAUUUUUGCUGCUAUUUCCAUCCACACUCCCUUAAGUAUUUACAUGUGACUUGCGACUCAGACUAAACUAGUUCCUCCUUAUAAAAACUCAGAGAGGGUCUUUCAUUUUUUUCAUUUUCAAACCAUUAAGUUAUUCUUCAUGAUCAUAUUUAAGUCAUUCAGUCAUUCAGUCAGGCUUACAUUGAUUCUUAUAUUUUGAACUAUCUUUUUGUUACUUGCUGACUGGAUAAAGCAAUGCUAAGGGUUUAGAGUUGGGCUGUUCAGUGGAGUGAAUCUACGCUUUGCUUCAAGGACACAGGAGGAAUUUGAGUUCAGCUCUGUUGCAGGUCUGAACUUGGUUUUGACAUGAAUGGAAAAAUCCAAAUGCUGUCUAAUAUUGCUUCAGGAUUUCACGUUACUCAAAAAGAAAUUGCUACUUGUAAAAGUUCAAUUUUGAUUUUUUUUGUUUUUUUAUGCUUUAAUGUGCCUUAUUGAGUGUCUGCAGCUGCUGUGUGGAGUAUUUUGUAUCCUGGUCAUCGAAGCUUUAAUGUGUUCCAGGUGAAAAAGAGUUAAAAACACAAGGUGGAACAAGACUAAGCUUAUAUUAUUUGACAAAUGGGCUCUGCUGUGUUCACUGGUCAUUGUAAAGGUCUCAUUUCAACGUUACAUAUAUCCAGCGUAGGACAAAGUUCUGUCACAUUGUUGAUAGGUGUGUUCAUGAUAAUAACUUAUUGAUUACCACGAUACUCUAUUUCCUCUCUCCAGGAUGUUUUUGUUGUUUAAAAUGACAAAUAACACAUUUUGAAAUGAUUUCAAAGUCAUUGCUUGGCUACUACUGUCUGGCCUUUAAGUAAAAAUGCUGUUCUUGUAUUAUGAGAGGAGUGCUGCACAUAUUUACUUUGCAUUGUGUUUGUCGGCUGUGAGACACAGUAAUACUGCAGACACAGGAGCAUCUAAAAUCCCUGCAGUUUGACUGAGUGAUGUGACAUGUCUCAGAGAGUUGAGGGAGGUUCGCUGUUUCUGUUAGCUAGGAAAAGGUCUCCAAAGCGUGUUACGUGAAUGUAGAUUAUAGUCCAAGAUUAGGAUCUGUCUGCUCUGAUUCUAUCAUUCAUUCAGUAUUUAUCAUCAAAACCUGGUCUAUUAGGUCAACACUGUCAAACAAAGUUCAAUGAAUGUUGGUUGUUUCAGAGAUUUCAACCCUGAGCCUGGAUGUUACACAUUUGUUUAAGGAAAAGGUCAGUGUAUUGUAUGCUUGUAUGCCUCUGUUGGAGCUCCCCCUGCUGGUCAGGAUGGUGAGCUUUAACUUGACUGACACUGGCUACUCCAUGACCCCAAACUAUUGGAAUUAAUGAAUACAACCAAGCAUACACACUCUUUGUAAGAUAUUCACAAUCUUAACUUCUGAUUACUGAUCCCUCCUCUUGAUUGUUUUUGUCACAGUUUUGUAAAACUCUACACUUUUUCUUCAUUCCUCAUUUUUUUUGACAAUCUCAGUGACCGUCUCACUUUAGGGCAGAUUCUGAGCUUUUUCUCUGAGAUCUACAACCUUUGAGAAGCUCAGUAUACAUAAAAAGAGCACUAAAAAGGGUUUAAAGAGGAGUGUGCAGGGGUUUCAUCAUCCCGAAAUAUUUAAGUCCAGGCAUCACCUUCUAACGUCUGGUUCUUCGGGUCAUGUAUCAACAUCUUUACUCUGGAUUUAGACUGCUAGCAUACCAAUAACAUCUUGCAUUUUAUUUUUGCUGCACAGUUUGAGGCUACUUGAAAUGUUAACAUGCUUGAAAAGUGCAUCAUCCCUCACUUCUAUCACUGUUUUGAUCAGCUUAUUACAGUAGUGUCUUUCUUCAAACUCCUCUCCUCCUGCCUUGUACGUUGGAAUUCAAUCUCUUCACUGUGCUUUAUUUUGACCUCAUACUCUUCUUUUUCCUUAAAAGGACCUGUCCUCUUCCCUUUUUUUACUUAGACCCACAACUUAGCUUUGUGUUUGCACGGUCAGUGUUUUUCCUUGGUCUCAGUAGCAGGAUGAGUUGUUUUCUGAGCUUAUGUACAAGUUGGUGCUGUUUCCAAGACAAGACAGCUUGUCAAUAAACAUAGAAAAUUGUCAAAAUGUUUUUGAUUAAUUUAUUCAAUGUUACAGGAAUUCUACUCAAAAAUUACAAUGGCAGGAAAUGUAGUCAACACAAAUUCUCCAAAAAAUCCUAUAUUGGAUGCAAGAUUUGUGAUUCAAACAUCUUUCAUGUUGUACAACCAAAACAGGAGUAUUAUAUCAACAUGGUUUCUUUGUUACUGUUAGACCAGGAUCAAAUAUCUAAGUUCUGUUACCUUGAGGGAACACUAUAAAACCAAUUUUAAGUUAUUUAGAGAAAUUGUUGCCUUCACACAUUCAUACUCUUGUUUUUUAUUUACUGUACAUAGUAGUAGCCAUCAGCCCCUGUUCACACGGAUUUCAGAAAACUGUUUUUACUGUGUUACAUGAUACCUGCACUAGUCAGAGAGGAUCACCAAAUUUGUGCCUCAUCUUUGUAUGUUCAGCAUGGUAAAAAAAAAAACAAUCGACUUGAUUAUUUCAAUAAAGUUAUAUUUUGCUGUAUAUCUGUUCUACGAAUUAUUUUGUAAAAAAAUAAAGAAAUUGUGAAACAAGAA